AUGAGUGAGCCUUCUAAUGAGCUGGUGUCAUUGACACAGAAGGUUCCUGCAGCUGUAAAACCAGGUCCGGAUAAACCAGAGUUUUUAGCCACACAAGCCCUUAUUCCUAGAACUACCACAGAUUUAGAUACAAAUCCAGUCCUGAGUAAUAUUUCACUGCCACAAGAACUUUCAAAAAACGGGAAUCUACCAUUGCAAGAUGCUGGCAUGGAGAGUUCUGCUGCUGCCGCUGCUGCAGUAGCUGCUGCAGAAAAGAAAAAAAGCGGUAGUAGUAGUAGUAGCAAUGCCAAUCACGAUGAUAUCGAUUGUUAUAACGGGAAUGAUAUUGAUGGCUAUAACGGGAAUGAUAUUGAAGGCUAUAACGGUAGUAAUAAUAUUAAGCUCGAGCUAGAUAAUCGUGAAAAGGCGACUCGUGGUAUACAUAGUAUGGGUAAUCAAGUCAGAUCGCCACUAUCCAAGAGUGAUAGAGGUAUAAAUGGCAGAUCAUUGACGUUUUCCAUUAAUAAUGAUGCUAAUUUCAAAAGAUCGAGUAUUUAUGAAUCGAAAUCGACGGUGACGGCAGUUCCCAUUAGAAAUCCUGUCACUGGAGCUAAACAGCACUAUGGUGACAACGACGAUGCUUCAUCGUCCAAGAGUGUAUCAUCAUCGAUGACCAAAAGCUUUUUAUUUGGGUUCUAUAAUAAUCAAAAGAAAAACGAAAAUCCUACAAAGGGUAUUUUAUCGAAACAAUACUGGAUGAAAGAUGACAGUGCUAAGGAAUGUUUUACCUGUGGUAAAGCUUUUACUACGUUUAGAAGAAGACACCAUUGUAGAAUAUGUGGUCAAAUAUUUUGCAGUGGAUGUACAUUACUGAUUUCUGGUGAACGGUUUGGUUACGAUAAAAGGAUGAGAGUUUGUAAAAAUUGUUAUCAACAUGCUGACAACUAUGAGGAUUCCAGUGAUGAAGAUUCAUAUGGAGAACAAAAUAGUCCUCAUAACGAUUAUAAUUCUGCUGUUCAAGAGGCCAGUCCUGAUAGAUGGAGUGGUGAUUCGGUCCCACCUUCGCCAGGGUUAGGACUAGCGAAUCAUAAUCCAUUGAUGAAGCAGACGGAUUUGUUUAUGAUGAAUGAUGAGGAUGUUAAAAGUAUUGUAACUACGGCUGAAGACACUAAAUUAUUUGUAUCGACACCACCGCCACCACCUAAGAUGGCGAUUCCUGCUACUAGACAGGGAGAGUCCCUAGAGAUUUCAUUCCCUUCACAUCGUAAUGAAAACACGUUGGAUAACCAACAUAUGGAAAGUGCAGGUAGUACUGGAAAGGAUAGAUAUACAAUUAAAGAUGUGGAUAUGUUAACACCUUAUGAUUUGCAAUAUGGAUCAUCAUCGCAAUUACCUGGACGUUCAGCUAACAAAAAUGUGAAAAACUCUUUGAGGAGGUCUGUGUUCAACUAUGUCAAUAGUAGCAGACAUUCCUUAGAUAAACCUAGUUCAAGUGGGAGCGCAGAUAGCAUCAUUGGUAAUUUGGGGAGUAAAAAUUUUAAAUUUGAGUUUAACUACAUGAAAAAUGCAAGAAGGCCAUCUAGUGGGUCUACAAAAAGAGAUGUCAAUUGGUUGAACCAUGUACAGAACGAACAAGAAGAAACAGGUAGUAGUGUCUCAUUGCAGGACGAUGACACUUCGGAGGAUGAAGCAUCCAUGUCAAUAUAUUCUUCUUUGAAUGAUCCAUUUCAUUCCAAAAAUCCAAUAAGAUCUAUGAGAAAUUCAACUAAAUCUUUACAAAGGGCAGAGGCUUCUUUACAGCGUAUGAGGUUCAGAAGAAAGAGUAAGAGUAGGCCGAAUAAUAAGGAUUCAGAUUCUAUUUAUAAGGGCUUAAACGUUCUCACCCAUAGUACUCCUAACUUGGUGUCUGUGGUAGAUGAGGAUAAUGCCUUUGGUUCUCAAAACGGUGGUAGUGGUGGCAGCUCCAUAUUGGCGAAACCUAAGAAUAAAUUGGGCAACGCAGGUCAAUGGAGAAGAAUUAGCAGCAUGGCAGGAUUGAAGGUUCCUAAGGAGAAAAAAAAUGAAUUGAAUCAAGUGGCUAGAUUGCACAUGGAGGCCUUGUUAGAACAAGUGAUGCAUGACCAAAAUUUUGAAACUACUGAAUUUUGGACUCCGUUGUUGAAGGACUUCUUACGUAAAGUGCAAGACAUUGAUUUAAGUGCUCGAGAUUCAAAUACACUGGAUUUCCGCCAAAAUUGCGUGAAGAUAAAAAGGGUUACUGGUGGCGGUAUUUCUUCUUCAGAAUACAUCAAUGGUAUUGUUUUUUCAAAGGCCUUGCCCUGUAAAACUAUGCCGAGACGUUUGGAAAAUCCUCGUAUUCUGUUGAUUAUGUUUCCUCUUGAGUAUCAGAGAAAUGAAAAUCACUUUUUGAGCAUUGAAACUGUAUUCGCUCAAGAGCAGGAAUAUUUGGAUAAACUCGUUUCAAGGUUGGUAUCUCUAAGUCCUGAUAUCGUAUUUGUGGGUGCCAAUGUUAGUGGCUAUGCUUUAGAAUUGCUAAACAAGGUUGGAGUAGUCGUGCAAUUCAAUGUCAAACCUCAAGUUAUGGAACGAAUUUCUAAGCUCACGGAAGCAGAUAUCGCUAUAUCUGUUGACAAGCUUGCCGCCAACGUCAAGAUGGGUGAAUGUGAGGAAUUUGAAGUGAAAACUUACAUUUAUGGAAAUGUCAGUAAGACUUACACUUUUCUCCGUGGUUGUAACCCUUCUUUCGGUGGCACAAUAUUGUUAAGAGGGGACUCUCAAGAAGUUUUAAGAAAAGUGAAAGAUGUCACAGAGUUUAUGGUUUAUGUCUUGUUCUCGCUCAAAUUGGAAAGUUCUUUCUUCAAUGAUAACUUCUUACAGUUACCGCCAACAUAUUAUAUCAAUGAAAGGAAGCGUAAGGAGGAAUUAGAAUAUACCGGAUAUUUUGCAGAUUUUUUGGCAAAAUUCAAUAGCAGAAUUCUUACUAUUUCACCUACGGUGGAAUUUCCGGUACCAUUUUUAUUACAAAGAGCUCGUGAAUUAGAACAAGAGCUCUUAGAUAAAAGAAGGCGACAUGAAUUAUUAUUGCAAAAGGACAACACAGAAGAUGAUCCAAGGAUUAAGGCUUUAGGACUUGCCUCGAAAUUGACACAGCGGGAUUUGAAAUAUUUAAUUAGAUUCUUACAUGAAAAGGAGAUUAAAGCCUUGGAAUUGCAGUUUCAGAAGAGAAGCAGACAUUGGGAACUUUCUUAUGCGCAAUCUCACAAUCUUUUAGGAACUGGCUCUCACCAAUGCAUUACGGUACUUUACUCCAUGGUAUCCACCAAGACGGCAACUCCAUGUAUUGGCCCACAAUUAGUUACAAUUGACUACUUCUGGGAUAGCGACAUAUCAGUUGGACAGUUUAUCGAAAAUGUCAUUGCUACUGCUUCUUAUCCGUGCCGACAAGGUUGUGGUGGUUUGUUAAUUGAUCACUAUCGAAGCUAUGUGCACGGUUCUGGUAAGGUAGAUGUCCUGAUAGAAAAAUUCCAAACCAGAUUGCCGAAGUUAAAGGAUAUAAUUUUGACUUGGAGUUAUUGUAAGAAGUGUGGGACUUCGACACCAAUAUUGCAAAUGAGUGAGAAGACUUGGAAUUAUUCUUUUGGAAAAUAUUUGGAAGUGAUGUUUUGGAGUAAUAAUAAGGGUGUUACAGGAAUUGGUAACUGUACUCAUGAUUUUACAAAGGAGCACGUAAAGUACUUUGGCUACAAUGAUUUGGUUGCUCGUAUGGAGUAUUCAGAUCUUGAGGUUCAUGAGUUGAUAACUCCACAAAGAAGGAUCAUAUGGGCUCCCUACAAGGAUAUCAAAAUGAAAGUUGAGCUUUAUUACCAAAUCUUAGACAAGAUCAAUAGUUUUUAUGACAGUGUCUCUACUCGUUUGACUCGGGUUAAACUUGACAGUAUGGAUGGGGAUAAAUUAUUAGCUGGUCAGGACAAGUUGGAGGAGCUGAAAGAACGAGUAGAUGAUGAGAAGAAAGCGGUCCUUGAAGAAUUGGAAACAUUAUACCAAGAUAGCCCAGGUGAUCAACACAUAAAAUUGAAUGUCAUAAUUAAGGCUCUUCAUGAAAAAGUGGUCAGUUGGGAUACCGAGUUCACUGAAUUUGGUAAGAAGUUCUUACCAUCAGAAAAUGAUAUCACUCGUAUUACAUCUAAUCAACUGAAGAAAUUAUUUACAGAUUUCAACAAGACACAGGAGACGAAAUCACAGCAUUCUAAAGAUCAUGACAAAUCGUUUGAAAUGGAGGACUUCCAUGGAAGUCAAAAUGAGAAGGAGAAAAAUUUUGAAAAGGAUAAGACGAACUUAUCUGCUUUUAACGGUACUCAAACAACGACAAACGAUCCUGAAGAUUCUGGGAAAACUAAGAAUGAUUCUUCUUUUUCUCUUCCCAAUUCGAGGCGAUUGGAUUCUAAUGAUAGCACAGGUUCUCAUGCAAACAGAUUCACUCGUCCUAGUCUAAGAAAGACUUCUUCCAUAAACAGUGCUGGAAUAAAUAACAACGAUCUUCGACGCUCAAGUCUCAACAGUAGUCUCAGUGGUGAUUCCUUUCUCACCAGGGAACAUAGAACUAAGACCAAAGUUGGCGAAUUGGCCAAUUUCUUUGAUCAGAUGCAUUUUGAUGCAUUAUCCAAAGAAUUUGAACUGCAAAGGGAGAAGGAGAGAGUUCAGCUCAACAGAAAUAAGUACCAGGCCUCUCGUCUGCAUCAAUCUACACCCAUUGUGGAAAUCUAUAAAAAUGUAAAGGAUGCAGUCGAUGAACCACUUCAUGAUCAGAACAAGCGCUCAAACAGGGAAGGAUUAACCAAGAGUAAAAACGAAUCACAUGAUAAAAAUUCAUCGAAGGCUUCAACUCAAACUCAGUUUGACCAGAAGUUAGAAAGCCAAUUAGAAAAUUCUAUUUAUCAAUGGGGUGAAAGUGUUUUCCACAAAGGUGACAGCGGUAAGAAGGAGCGGAUUGAUCCAGAGCUUACAAGCAAUGCAAUUUUAAAUGGUGGUAAAGAGGGGAUAACAGCAGCAGCGGCACCCCCUGCUUUGACCAUAGCUAAUGCUAAUAAAGACGAAGUCAGCACUCAGCCGGAAAAGUCUCUGUUGAUGAAGGCAUUGACCAAUUUCUGGGCUGAUAGGUCUGCUUCAUUGUGGAAGCCAUUGAAUUAUCCAACUCAUCCUACAGAACAUAUUUUUGUUGAUAGUGAUGUGAUCAUAAGAGAAGAUGAACCAAGUUCUUUGAUCGCAUUUUGUCUAAGCACUUCUGAUUAUAAACAGAAGAUGGCCAAGCUAGACAGUCAACAGCCCAUAAACGUUGCUCCUCCUGAAAAUAGUCAAACACCAGAUGUUUCUUUCUCGGAAAUGGAAUCUCAAAAAUCUGACGAUACUUAUAGGAAUACCUCCCAAAUACAUCCCUCUAAAGAGCGCUUUUCCUCUGUGACACCAGAUGAUGCCCAAACUCAACCGCCGAACCUUCAACAAUUGCCACGAGAUGAGAAUGAGAUUCUUGAGGCUAUUAUGACGAAGAAAACUGCCGUUCAUUUGAGAUACCAAUUUGAAGAUUCGUUGAGUGUUAUGUCCUGUAAGAUCUUCUUCGCAGAACAUUUCGAUGCCUUUAGAAGAAUUUGUGGUUGUAAUGAGCAAUUUGUCCAGAGUUUGUCAAGAUGUGUGAAAUGGGAUUCAAGUGGUGGUAAGAGCGGUAGUGGGUUCUUAAAGACAUUAGAUGAUCGAUUCAUCGUUAAGGAAUUAUCACAUGCUGAAUUAGACGCAUUCAUUAAGUUUGCCCCUAGUUAUUUCGAAUACAUGGCCCAAGCAAUGUUCCACGAUUUGCCUACUGCAUUGGCUAAGGCAUUUGGAUUCUACCAAAUCCAAGUAAAGAGUUCCAUUUCAGGUUCAAAAAAUUAUAAGAUGGAUGUUAUAAUCAUGGAAAAUUUAUUUUAUGAGAAAAACCCAUCACGUAUCUUUGAUUUGAAAGGAUCCAUGCGCAAUAGGCAUGUUGAACAAACUGGUAAGGAAAAUCAGGUUUUACUAGAUGAAAACAUGGUAGAAUACAUCUACGAGUCGCCAAUCCACGUUAGAGAAUAUGAUAAAAAGCUUUUGAGAGCUUCGUUGUGGAAUGAUACUCUGUUUCUGGCUAAAAUUAAUGUGAUGGAUUACUCGCUAGUUGUCGGUAUAGAUAACAAUGGUCACACAUUAACCGUGGGGAUUGUUGAUUUUAUCAGAACUUUCACUUGGGAUAAAAAAUUGGAAAAUUGGGUUAAAGAAAAAAGUAUAGUCGGUGGUAAUAGUAUCAAGAAACCUACUGUAGUUACGCCUAAACAGUACAAGAGUAGAUUUAGGGAAGCCAUGGAGAGAUAUAUUCUUAUGGUUCCAGAUCCAUGGUACCAGGAAAAUGCAUAG